UAUGGCUUGGUUCCUUUGUUGCAGGAAAAUUGUAUUUAUGGCAUUAUUAGACAUUGCAUUGUGCAUCUGUAACUUAGGACAACUACAAAAAGAGACUGCCUCAAUGUCGUCUGUAUAUCGAUAUAGGGAUACGAAUAUCGCUUUAAAUGCUUCGGGGGCAUUAGACGGGAAGUUUCGUAACCACAUGAAGGGUGAUUGUGCUGGAACAAAUGUUGAAGAAGCAUAUAAACAUGCAUGGUGGAAUAUUACUCUAUCACGUUUGUGGAGAAUUUACAAAAUCAACAUCAUUUUCAGAGAAGAUUACUUUCGCCAUAACGGUUACUACGUAUACCUCAAUAAGGAUCCUGUUGACAUCAGUGGUCUCGCCAGUCUACCUGCCGUGUAUCGGGGACACCUGGUACACCCUAGUACACAAAACGUCAUCCUCUUCCCUGAGGGACACCAAGGAAAGCAGCAGUUGUCCAUUUAUCUGAACAAAUCUGAACCUGAAGAUACCGACGGGGAUGAAAAGAACAACGUCCUUGAUAUUUGUGAAGUAGAAAUACUAGGUUGUGUAAACAAGAAAGGUAGAGGUACCCGAGACAUAGGAUGCGCAUGCCCGGAGCAGGCGGAAUACCCAGCUGAUGCUUUGAAGACGGAGAUUGCUUUUCCCAGCAAUGGAAACUCUAUCACUAUCCAGUGCUAUUCGAAAUAUAUCAUUAUACUAAAUGUAUCAAGUCUUCAAGAGAAAUGUAAUUUUAAAAAGAAAUGCACAACAAAUACUAAAGAUAUCCUCCAUACUAUAUUUUUCCAAUGUUCUGAGUUCUGCCUCAAUCUCACAUAUGAUGAGUUGACAACUGAAAUUGAAGACAAUUCGAAAGGGUACUACCUAGAGAAUGAAAUUAUCACACUCCGAUGCAAAGAAAACCAUAAGCUCUUUAGCGGUGAUCUGAAGAGAAUGUGUAAAGGCAAUGAGUCAUGGAAUGGUGAAGAGACUGUUUGCAAAAGAUUUUGUCGGAAUGCUGCAUUCAAUGAAAACACAACUCUGGUUAUUCAAAGAACUCCACAUGUCUUUGUGAAUCAGAACGUUACCUAUAAGUGUAAGACCAACCAUCGGCUGGUGAGUGGCGACCUGACACGACAAUGUUUGAAUGACAGUGCAUGGACAGGUUCUCAGCCCAUAUGUAAGAAAUGCCAGUGCCCCUGCAAGAGAACAAAAUCUCAAAACUUCAUUAAAGACAAUGAAAUUCUUGGCAAAGUCAUUGAAAAAAGAAAGAAAAAGCUGGAAGUGAAGAAAUUCGAGCUUUCAUCAACAAUUCGAAAGAAAACAUCAGCCCCGGAUGAAAGGAAGUCUGCGCAAGGAGUUGGGAUGGCAUUAGGAGUAGGAUUGAUUACUUCUGUUUUGUCAAUAAUAAUCUGCAGUGAUCUCCCUCUGUUGUGGAGACAUAUUAGGUAUGGACCUCAACCACAAAAAAGAAAAUGUAGGGCCCGAAAAAUAAGACGUUAAAGUGAUUCGUUUAUUAAGAAGGAUAAUUCGUAAAGAAGAU